AGAUGUUUGCUGGAACUAAUACAGCUGAUGAAAUACCUGCCCUUUUCUGCUCAAGUGUGAGUGUUGAAGGACAGCUGCUGUCUGUCUUUGUUUAGUCACGAUGCAGAAGAGACAAGGCUACUGCACCUACUGUCGUGUCACCUACACCAACCUGGAGCAGCACUUGUUUAGCGCUCAGCACAGGACUGUGACCAGACAGAGUAGGCAGCGGCUGAUAAAUAACAACAGUUUGAUGGAACGUUUCCUACAAGAUGUUCUGCAGCAUCACCCCUACAAUUACCAGGACAGUAGACUAGCACAGUGUGAGAUGCCUACGAAUACCACACCACCCGAGGUGAUUCGUUUGGAUGAGUUUUCCCCAGAAGAUGCCGAAGCUGAACAAAUAAGCUCCAAGAGUUCCGAAUCUGUUGAACAGCUGAGUGCUCGCCCUGGAGUCUCUCAGAACUCCACGAAAGAGGUUUCAGUUCGACCAUCAGUUAUUCAAAAACUAGAGAAGGGACAGCAGCAGUCUUUGGAGUUUAAUAAAAUUGAGAGUUGUGUGAGAAAAAUUAAUCUAGUAGGUGUUGGUCAAGCUACAAAUAGUGGCAAGAGUGUAAUCCGUCUUCCUGUAAUUUGUAAUGCUCCUGCUAGGUGUGUGCCUGAAAGUUCUCAGGCAAGGCCAGUUAUUGCGAGUACUAGUAGGGCACCAGUAGCAGCCUGUUUAGAGUCAGUUAGCAAAUGUAACCCAAGCAAAGAUGACAGAUAUACUAAGGAGCUAGAUGAGGUCCCUAGAAAUUGUAUGCCUUCAUGCCAUCCAGAAGUUUCUUCAGGUUCUUAUGAGAAUCCUAAAGAUUCAAACAGUAAAUCUGUAUGCGUGAAUCUAGAUACACUGAUUUACCAGAAAGAUGUAGAAUGUCAGGGUGAAGCUUUGUCACCUGCCUGUAAAUUCCGUGAACCAAAGGAUAUGAAGAGUUCUGUAGGAGUGGAAUCUUCUUCCAAGGUAGCAGUAAAGUCAGUAGGCAAGCUGAAUAAACCUGAUGUGCCGCCUGCCAAACUGAUCUCCGAAGGUGCCAUUCCAAAGCGCCACGGGGAAUUACUAUUGCAUGAAGGUUGUACACAGGAAGAAAAGCAUUUGGUGUGUAACAAGCCAGGGGUUUUGAAACAGAAGUGCUCAGUGAGUGCUACAGAGAAGUUGGAUUGCAGCUCUCUUCAGUCAGUGUCUGUCCCAGCCCGAAAGGCUGUUCGAGAGCUACACCUUUGGAAAGAUGAUGAUCACGAAGAUGAGAACUGUGGAUCUCGAGGUAAUGAAAUAAGUUUCAAUUAUGAUUUUUCUCCUUCAUCAGCUGAUCUCUCUAAAGUGACUGCCAGAAAAAUAAACCUUUCAGGGAAAAUACAUGCCCCUUUACAGUACAAGAGAAAUACAGCCUGUGAUUCUGAAAUAAGCUCAGAUGAUAAGUGUGGUGAUUCUCUUCAGGUGGUUGACAACCAACCUCAAGUGAUUAUUAAAGAAAAAAACCCUCAAGAAGCAAAACACAUUAGCCUGGUAGAUGAAAGCUAUGAUUCCAGUGGUUUGGAAAUGAAUUUUGAUUGUGACAACUCAGCUGAACCAACUGACCACAACCCCCAACAGCCUGACGUAGAUGUAACCUUUCCUGCUGGGGGUCCCAUUGAUUUGGUUGAUGGGAGCUAUGGAUCUGACAGCUCCAAAGGAAGAUCUGCUUCUGUUACUUCAGUUGAAUUGGUAGGUGAGGAUCCCCCAGUGGAUGUCACAAGAAAGAAACUUCAGAGGAAGCCUUGCAUUUACCUGGUGGAUAAAAGCUGCAAAUCUGGUUAUUCGGAAUCAAGUUCUGACAGUGAUGGUUUUCCUCAGUCAGCAGAUGACCAUCCCCAAAUGACUGUUACAGAAGGAAACCAGAAAGGUAGACUUGUCCAGCUCAAAAGUAAGAAAUGUAAACCCAGUAGUGCCAGAGCGCAUCUUGCUUGUGGUGUUUCCCUUGAGGCAGUGAAUCAUCAACCCCAGAGAGAUGUUGGAGGAGUAAACCUUCUGAAAAAGGAGAAUGCUGGCCUUGUGGAUAAGAACUGUGAGUCUAAUGCCCCUGAAAUGGGUUUUCAUGCUGAUGCUCAAUUAGUGGCUGACGAAUCUCAAGUAGCAGUUAAAGAACUAAACCUUCAGGCAGUAGAUAUUGACUUAGACAAUAAGAGUGUUCAAUCUAGCAUUUCUGAUCUAAGUUUUGAGUCACAGGAUUAUCUUUAUCAGUCAGCUAAUGAUGAAUUUGAAAGGGAUUUAGGUGAAGUAAAUCUUACAGAGUUAAAUGUUGACGUGGAAUCUCAGAGCAGUGGGUGCUCCAGUUCUGAGUUGACAUUUGAUUCCGAUUCCCCUCUUCUAUCAGUUACUGAGCGGUCUCAGCUGGAUGUUGAAAGACUAAAAGAAGAUCCCUUUAACCUGGAAGAGGAGAGCUGUGAGUCAAAUAGCUCUGGCAUAACGUUUGAUUCUGAUAUUCCUACUUGCUCGGUAGCUGACCAACCUCAAGUAGCUGUUUAUGAGGAAGAGCCUGUUGAUCUGGAAAAUGAGAGUGAUGAAUCUUGUGUUUCUGAAAUAACUUUUGAUUCUGAUAUUCCUCUUCAUUCAGGAAAUGAGCAAGCCGAAGUAGCUGUUAAAGAAGUAAUCAUUCAGGAAGAAGAAUAUGUACCCUUAGAAAAGAAGAAUGCUAAUCCCAGUGGUUCUGAAAUCAAUUCGGAUUCUUACAUCCCUCUUCAUUCAGUGACUAAUCCUCCCGAAGUAGCCAUUAGAAAAUUAAAUUCGCAAAAAGAACAGCAGGUACAAUUAAAACAUAAAGAAAACGAACGUACUGAUUAUGAACUAAAUUUGAAUUUUGAGAUUUUUCAUUCAAGUACUGGGCAUUCUGAAGAGCUCGUUAAUGACAGAAACUCUCAGAAAGAAGAGCACAUACACUUAGAAAAUAAGUCUAACAAAUCCAGUGUUUCUGGACCAUAUCUAGAUUCUGACAUCCCUUUUCUGUCAGUGAUUCACAAACCUCAAGUAGUUGUUAAAAAUACUUGGCUUCACAAAGAAAAGCAGGCUGAAUUUCAAGGCAAAAGUGCUGAACUUAGUGCCUCUGAAGUAGAGUCUAAUGUUCCUCACUGCCCAGUAACAAAACCUCAGGUAUCUCUUAAAAGAAAAGAAAAGAAGAAACAUAUUGAAAAGAAGACUGAUAGAUAUGGUGAUUCUGAACUAAUUUUGACUUCUGAUGACCUUCCUCAGUCAGUGCCUAAAAAACCUCGACUAACUGUUUUGCGGGAGGACCUUGUUCACCCAAAAGGUGAAAGUACUCAAUGUAGAGGUUUUGAAGCACAUGUGGCUGUUACUGGCUCUCUCUCUUCAGUCCCUGACCAAUCUCAUCAGAUUCUUAGGAAAGAAAACCAUGUUAAUCUGAAAGACAAAAGCAACAAAUGUAGUGAGUUGAAAGUAAGUUUUUAUUCUGUUGACCAUCUUCAGUCGGUUGAGCAGCAUCACAAAGUGGUUAACAGAAUUAAUCUAAGUAAGGAAGAGGCUAUCAUCCUGCAAAGUAAGAUUGGCGUGCCUAGUUGCUCAAAAGCAAUACAUAAUUCUGAUAUUCCUCUAAAGUCUGCAGCUGAUCAACCUGAAGUAGCUGUUAAAUGGAUCAGCCAGGGGAAAGAAUAUAGAAUAUUCUUGGAAAAUAAGAGCAAAAACAUUUAUCUUAAAACGAAUUUGGAUUCAGAUUUCUUGGUUCAAGCAAUAGUUGAUCGACCUAACAUAGCUGUUGCAAAGUCAAAGGCAGAAGGUAAGUGUGAUCCAUCUGGCGAUUCUGAAGGAAACACUGAUUCUGCUACCUCUGUCCAGCCAGUGGCUGACCAGCCAAGGGAAAUGAUGAAAGAAGCAGCUUGUGGGAAGGACAAAGAUGUUGACACUGAAGGUAAGAGGGGUGAAGCUGAGGGUUUUGAAAUUACACAUGAUUCUGAUGUCCUUCAGCCAGUGACUGGCCAUACCAAAGUAAUUCAAGAGGUGAAACUUUUGAAAAAGCAUCUUGACUUGGAAGAUAAGAAUGUCAAACCUAGUGAAUCUAAAAUGAAUGUUGAUUCUAAUGAACCCCCUCAAUCUAUGACUAAUAGAAUUGGAGAGCCUGUUAAACUGGAAGCAAAUCUUCCAGUGAAGGGACAUGUUUGUUUUGAUGAUAAGGGCUAUGAAUCUGACAAUUCUGAAAUAAUUUAUAUUUCAAAUACCCCUCUUCAUUCAGUCAUUCAGCAACCACAGAGUUUGCAAGAGGAGUGCGCCAGUUUGAAAAUGAAGAGCAGUGAUCCUCGUCCUACAACAAGCUUUGAUUCCAGUGAACCUCGUCAGUCAAUUCGUGGCAAGCUUAAAAAAACUGUCCAAGAAAUGAAUGUGAAGGAAGGCCAUAUUUACUUGGAAGAUAAGAGCUACAAACUAGUUGGUUUUGAAGCAAGUUGUGAUUCUGACAUUCCUAUCCAGAUUGUGUUUGAUCCUUCUCAUGCAUCUGCCAAAGAAAUAAAUGUGCAGAAGGAUCAUAAUGACCUAGAAAGUGAGAGCUAUACAGCCCGUUGUUCUGAAGUAAAACGUGGUACUGGCAUUCAACUGCAGUCAGAAGUUGAUCCACUUCAGAUGGCUUGGGAAGAAACAAGCUUUCAGAACAGAGAGCUUUUUGACGUGGAAGGACAUGCCAGUGAGUCCAGUGAUUCUGAAAUGAUGUAUGAUUCUGAUGUCUCUUUUCAAAUCAUAGUGACCCAGCCACAGUCGUCAGAUGAAGAAGCUGAUUCUCCAGAGGUGGUGGUAGUGAAUGUGGUGGCUGGUGAUUGUGAUCGUGAUUGUGAAGUAAUUUCUGAUCCUGAGAUCUCUCUUCAGUUAGUGACUGACCCACCUCAGUUAACUUUCGAGGGGAUUUCUGAUCCUGAUAUCCCUCUUCAGUUAGUGACUGACCCACCUCAGUUAACCAUCGAGGGGAUUUCUGAUCCUGAGAUCCCUCUUCAGUUAGUGACUGACCCACCUCAGUUAAUCAUCGAAGAAACCAGCUCUGUAAAUGCAGUAUCUGUGGAAGUAAUAAAGAGCAACUGUACCUCAUGUGGUUCUCACGUAAGACGUAAAGCCUCUUCUCAACCAGUGACAGACCAGUUCAAAAAGACUUUCAAAAUCAUAAACCGAGAGAGUGACUACAUUAUUCUGGGAGACUCCACUUGUCAAUCUUGUGGUUGUGAGGUAGAUUUUAACAGUGCCUCUGAUCAGUCUGUGACUUACCAGUCACAAGGGCCUGGUCAUGAAUAUUUUCACUCAGAAGAUAAGAGCUAUGAAUCUGAUGGUCCCGAAGGAAAUUUUUCUUUUGAAGGCACUUCUCAGGAAACUGACACUGAAGUCAAUGUUUGGAAAGAUCCAAAAUAUACUGGACUCAAAGAUAAGAGCUGGGAAUCUAGAGAUUCUGCAAUGGACAGUGCUGCCUUUUCUAAGUCCGUGAUCCAUCACACAGCUGAUAGAGAAAACCUUUUGAUGCGAAAACAUGCAGACCCAGCACACAAGAGUGGUAUAUCCUAUGGUUCUCAGAUAGAUUUUCAGGGUGAUCCCUCAACUCAGGCUGACAUAGAAAAGCCUCGGGAUGUUGAGAAGAAAACACGCCCACGGAAAAGGGUAACUUUUGACCCAAAAGAAUAUCAUUAUUUUCCUUCAAACUAUGUUUGUGUGGUUGAUUCUGUAAAGAGCCUGGAUGAAGCACCAGAAGUCAUAGAAGAUCCUGAUGAACCAGUCCUUGAAGUCUUGCCUUUUGUGUCUCCUUCAGUUUCAGAAGAAACAUGUCCUCAAAAAAUGAGAGGUGAUAACAUCAAAACUAACUGCCAUGUGAAGAAAUUUAAGAAAGACCAUUACCAUAGUUACUCUCUCAGUAACCGUACAACCAGGGAAGUCUCACUGAAUGAAGAAACAGAGCCUGCCUGUCUUGACUCUAUUCAGAAUACUAUCUCUGUUCAGACUUUUCCACAUAGUGGCCAUGUUGCAGGUGGAGCUGCAGAUACCAAUGACAUUUCAGUAAUCUUAGAUAAGUCAUGUUGUCAUUGUCCUCUAGCAGUGGAGCUGCUUAAACAGAAUUGGCAUUUGGCUUCUCCGAGCCAGGCAUUAAAAGUCAACCAUGCAACUCAAACCAAUAAGUACCCAUUAAAGAAGAGAAAAAUAAUUGGACAAGCAGAAGAAUCACCCCAAAGGAGGUGUUUACAGAAUGACAGAAAAGGGAACAAAAAGGUUCAAGUUGUCACAGUUGAGGUUCCCACUUCAAGUGCUAAAGCUUUGGAGCCUGAACAGCCCAGUUCCUCGGUCGGUGUUCUUUCUUCUGCAGAUAGGAAACGGAAGGAAGGCAAAUCGUCCCGCUCACCUAAAAGGAAGCAGAGAAGUUGUGGUAAGCAGCUGCAGUCUACCAGCAAAAGUAAACAGAAUAAUCUUAAUGACCCAUUACGUAAGAAAAUGGCAAGGAAUCCUCCACCGAACCCAGUUGUACCAGGCUCUGACAAAAGUGAGAGUGUCGACACACGUCGUAAUGGGAGUGAGGGAAGUUCCAGUGCAGGAGGGAACAGUGCUCCUACACAAAACCUGGCUCCAAAAUCUUUCAUAACAACAGCAAGAUACAAAUUGCAGUCACGUGUUGGGAGUGAUGAAGCUUGUGUAUUUUUAGAAAGUAUAGACAAUGUGCCCACUGGUGUGGCUUUCAAGGACAGUGAUUUCCAGCCAACUCCUUCAAAUCACGGUGAUGCCAAAGUCUCUCUGAAACCAGUUACAAAUGAGUGCUUUGAAAAUAAAAGUAAAAAAAAAGUUCCCAUAAGGAAGCCGACAACGAGUAUUAAACCACGUUUUCCCCGAAGCAUUUUUAAAGCAGUUAUUCCCCAGCAAAAAACCGGACUAACUUCUGAAAAGCAGUCAGUUUGGAUUUGGACCAAAGCAAAUGCUAUCAUCAGAAAGUAUACUUUGAAAUACUCUGUUUUCUUGCGUCAUAGAUACCAGAGUAGGGCCUCUUUUUUUGCAGUGAAUCCCAAGAAGAAAAUACAUGAUGGCAUUAGACUGAAGAAGGGGAGGGAUCCAGGUAAAGUGCUUUUGAAUUCCUCGGUUCCCCCAGCUUAUUUCCAAGAACGGUUCAGAGCUGUGGCAGGACCCUCUCGGAAGCAGUUGGUGCUGCGUUCUUCCAGCGCUGUGGGAAGAAAGGAACUUGAUGAUAAAACUUACACUUACAAAAAGAAAACACCAAUACUCGUGAAAGCAUACAACUUGAGAAGUUCACGUUACAUUCCAGCUGAUAGUAGGAUGACAACUCGUCUUUCAAGCAAACAGUAAUUGAGGUAAAACAGAAGUGUUUGUGUUCUGGCUGGUGGAGAAUUCAGUACUUCAAUUGAAAUACAUUUGAUAGUUUUGUGCACAUAGCUUUCCCAACUUUGGCGGGAAAAUUAACCUUAAAAUAUUUUGCUACAGAUAUUAUUUUUCAGAACUUUUAUAUUCAUUUAAAUUAGCUU